AUGGCUUCCCAUUCAGUCAAAGGAGCAGGAGUCGCCUCAACGGAGGUGCCCAGUGCCCUUCCCAUCGAUGCUAUCGAGCAAACCAGCAGUGACAGCGACUCUGGUUACGAAGAGAAAACCCUUUCAACUUCCUCAGUCACUUCGAGCAUAUACGCAUUUGACAUCGAGAAUGGGAGAAAAUAUCAGGCGGGCAAAUCCUACGUGAUACCCAACGACGAAGCUGAGCAGGAGCGCAUGGACAUUCACUAUCACAGCUUGCGAUAUGCCAUGGGAGAUAAACUCUUUCAUGCCCCGAUGGCACACCCCACGUCCGUCAUCGAUGUAGGCACAGGGACCGGUAUCUGGGCUUUGGAUAUGGCAGACGCAUAUCCAGGCGCGCACGUCCUCGGGAUCGACCUCUCUCCCAUACAGCCCACUUGGGUUGCUCCGAACCUCGAGUUCCGGGUCUUUGAUCUCGAGGAGACAUGGGAUAUGCCUAACAGAUUUGACUUCAUCCAUACCCGAGAAAUGAACGGAUUCUCCAUUAAAAGCUGGCCGAAGUUUUAUGAGCAGGCUUUCCAGUCAAUGAGACCCGGCGGUUGGGUGGAGUGCCAGGAGUUUGACCUUGAUAUUAAAUCGGACGAUAACACCAUCCCCCCAGAUAGUGCCGUUAUACGAUGGCAGAAUCUUUGGGAGGAAGGAAUUCAGAAAGGUGGUAUGACGGGCAGAUGCUACCCGAAUCAGAUGGCAAACCAGAUGAGGGAAGCGGGUUUCAUCAACGUCCACAUCCUCCCCUUCAAAAUGCCGAUUGGAGCAUGGGCCAAAGACCCCAUGUUGCGCCAGUCUGGACUUUGUACUCUCGUCGGUCUGUUAGAUGGUGUUUUCGGCUUGAGUGUAAGAGUCUACACCCAGCUGCUAGGUUGGUCCGUUGAGGAGUUGGAAGCAUUGCUGGCGCAGUGCAGGUCAGAGUGGAAGAACAAACGCAUACAUAGCUAUUUCCCCAUGUACGUUCUCGUCCUGUUCAUCCAUUGCAUGGUUACCUUGCUGAUCACGGUUGCAGAUACGUAG